GCAAAACAAGAGAUAGGAUAGCCUACAGAAUGAAUAAUAGAUCCAGUAUACUUGUAUUUUCAUUGUCAGGCUUUAAUGCCACAGUCAAUUAUAGAGCAACUCUUUUCUCUCUUACCUUAUUAUGUUAUGGUCUAAUUUUAGUGGUAAAUGUGUCUCUCAUUUUGACCAUAAUAUUGAAUCAAAAUUUACAUGAACCCAUGUACAUUUUUUUGUGUUCUUUGUGCAUCAAUAGUCUUUAUGGGACUGCAGGGUUUUAUCCCAAAUUUCUCAGUGAUCUUCUAUCUGAUAUUCAGGUAAUAUCAUAUGUAGGAUGCCUUUUGCAAAUCUUUGUUAUAUAUUCCAAUGCAAAAACUGACUACUCUAUCUUAGUUCUAAUGGCCUAUGACAGAUAUGUGGCAAUAUGUCGACCUCUGGAGUAUCACUCUGUAAUGUCUGUGCGAAGGACGGCAGUGUUGGUCAUAUUGUCCUGGGUUGUUCCUUUUAGCUGUGAGGCUGCAGUUAUAAUUUUGACAUCUGUGCUGAAGUUAUGUGGCUCCCACAUAGAUAAACUCUAUUGUGAGAACUGGUCAAUUGUUAAACUUGCUUGUGGCUCAACGAGAGCAAAUGAUAUUGUUGGAUUGAUUGUUAUCUCUUUCUAUUUCGGUCAUGCUCUCUUCAUUGCGUGUUCAUAUGUGUGGCUUGUAAAAUCAUCUCUAAAAUCCAGAGAGGGAAGGAGAAAAUUUACACAAACAUGCGUACCACAUUUAUUAUGUCUGCUCAAUGUCACAAGUUCUUUGCUUUUUGAUGUUAUGUACUCGAGGUAUGGAUCAGCAUCUAUGUCUCAGAAUUUAAGGAACUUCAUGGCCAUACAAUUCCUCGUAGUUACACCUACUCUAAACCCAAUAAUUUAUGGACUGAACCUGUCUAAAAUUAGGAACACAAUGAUAGCCUAUUUGUGCACGUUUGCAGGUAAGAGUUUUAAACUCACAAUCAAGGUGUGA